GCCAGGGCCAUGCACCACCAACGGUGUAACACGCCGUGUGAAUGCCCGUUAUUAUCCACGUGCCUCUCACGUGCAAAACUUCCAUCCUAAUUUUAUCUCUGCUUCUGCUACAGAGUCACGCCACUUUUGUUCCCGAACUUCCGAGAGUGACGUAACCGUCCGUCUUCUUCUUCCCUCUCCGUCGUCGUUUCGAUUUCUCCUUCCAAUUUCAAAAUCCUCUGAAAUUUUCUCGCGUUUUCCCAGUCCCCAGACAAACCCUAACCCAAAAAAACCCACAAUCCUUCGCUGUAAAUUUCCCGCAUUGCCCUUCAAACCAUGGCCUCCAGCGCCGUUAACGUCAAGCAAGAACCCUCCGAGAAACCCUACCAAAUCCCCAACCUUCUGCCAAUCCCAUUAAGCAGCGAUAGUAGCAGUAGCAGUAGCGCCAGUUCCGUCAAUUCUUCCGACAUCGAAGACCUUGAGACCAAUUCCUUGUUCGAUUCCGUGACGAGCAAGUUGAACGGCGACGAUCGCGAUUUGGCGGAUGGAGGGGAUGAUGCUCCGGCGGCGAAGAAGGCGAAACGCGACGGUGAAAGGGGGUUCGUGUUGCCGGUAGGGUUUCUGCGUCCUCUCCCGCCGUUGGAAUUGUCCAAGGAGUUGCCUCUGGCUCUGGUUUUGCCCACCUCGACAAUGUGCUUGCCGAGUGGGUCCGGUUGUAAUAACCAGGUGGGCCCGGUUAUAAGGGGAUGCAAGCAGUUUUGGAAAGCAGGGGAUUAUGAGGGUGACAGUGGAGGCAUUGCCAUUUCUGGGUUUUCGUCUGCUGGCAUGGACCAUGUUAGGGUUCAUCCCAAGUUUCUCCAUUCAAAUGCAACCAGCCAUAAGUGGGCUCUGGGAGCUUUUGCGGAGCUCCUAGACAAUGCUUUAGAUGAGGUCUGCAAUGGGGCCAACCAUGUUUGUGUUGACAUGGUGAGAAACAAGAAAGAUGGUAAUGAGAUGUUGAUGGUUGAAGAUGACGGUGGUGGGAUGACGCCUGAAAAAAUGCGACAAUGCAUGUCUCUUGGGUAUUCUGCAAAAAGCAAAUUGGCAAAUACUAUUGGUCAAUAUGGCAAUGGGUUUAAGACUAGUACUAUGAGGCUUGGAGCAGACGUAAUAGUGUUUUCUCGUUGUGAAGGGGAGGAUGGGAGAAGACCGACACAGACCAUUGGAGUGCUAUCCUACACCUUUUUGAGGGUUACUGGAAAGGAAGAUAUUGUGGUUCCCAUGGUUGAUUAUGAGAAAAGAGGCCAAGGUUGGAACAAGAUGAUGCGGGGUUCUCCAGAUGACUGGCAUAAGAACUUAGCAACCAUAGUGCAGUGGUCUCCUUAUUUAAGCGAAGAAGAUCUUCUUCAGCAGUUUAAUCUCUUUAAAGAGCAUGGUACACGUAUAAUAAUAUACAACCUUUGGGAGGAUGAUGAAGGAAAACUGGAACUUGAUUUCGACACUGAUCCCCAUGAUAUUCAAAUUAGAGGAGUCAAUAGGGAUGAGAAGAACAUUCAGAUGGCAAAACGGUAUCCCAACUGUAGACACUUCUUAACCUAUCAGCAUUCAUUAAGGAGUUAUGCCUCAAUUCUUUAUCUCAGGCUUCCAUACAACUUCAGAAUUAUUCUUCGUGGGAAAGAUGUUGAACAUCAUAAUAUAGUUAAUGAUAUGAUGUUAACGAAGGAGGUAACAUACAGACCUCUGCAACUUCCGGAAGGACUGUCACCAAAAUUUGCAAAUAUGACUGCAAAUGUGACACUUGGUUUUGUAAAGGAUGCAAAAUAUCAUAUUGAUGUCCAAGGGUUCAGCGUUUAUCAUAAAAAUCGACUGAUUAAGCCGUUUUGGAGGCUGUGGAAUCCUGCCGCAAGUCAUGGUCGUGGCAUUAUAGGUGUUUUGGAAGCUGAUUUUGUUGAACCAACUCACGACAAACAGGGCUUUGAGCGGACAGCUGUGCUUUCAAGACUAGAGAAUAAAUUGGUUAAAAUUCAAAAGGAUUACUGGUAUGCAAAUUGCCAGACUGUUGGGUAUGCUCCAGUAAGACGUACUACUGAUUUUCCAGAAAGAGAACCUUCAGUGUCUGGUAGAAGGAAAUCCUGUCGCGUAAAUCAGAAUUGCCAUGGUUCUAGUAGUGGACGACUUAAGUCCAGUAACAAACUUGAAAAAGGAUCAUUAGCCGUAAAUGCUUCAAGUGAAAAUGGGAGCUGUUAUGAGGCAUCACGUUCUUGUAUUGAACCUCAGCAAGAUCCUGCUUCAGAUGAAAGAGUCCCUCAAAUGCUUACACGUUCACAGUCAAAGACGGUCGCUACAAACAGAGUGGGACAAGUUUCUACAGAUUGCAAUGCUGAGUGUUCAACCAAGUCGAAAAAGGAAUCCCAUGAAGCGACAGAAAGUUUGAGGGAAAUUGUCAGUCCAGCAAUGGCUAAAUUGCUAAACGAGCGCAGUUGUGAAAGGUGCAAAUCUCUUGGGACUGAACUUCAGCAGGCAAAAGAAAAAAUAGAACAGUUGGAGAAAGAGCAAUCGGCUUUCCUAGAAAUAAUAGUGCAAGAAAAGGCCGAGCGAGAACAAGAAGAGGAAAGAUUAAGGAAAAGCCUAACGGAUGCUUCUAACACGAUCUGCAAGUUGCUUGAGAAGGUGAAAGAGCUAGAAGGAAGGAAGCUACAGAACCCUAAAGUUGAGCAUGAGUAAGGCACAAACAGCGCUAGUGCCCGUGCUUUGAUUUACAUGUAUCUUGCCGUACAUAUAUUCUCAGAACCAAUGAAUUCCGUGGUCUAGAAGGAAGGCUAGAGUGUAGUUGACCUGAAUAUUACAUAUCAGGAUUUGUGUAGUUCACCUGAAAAACCUGUAUUCACGUUGUCUGCUAAAUGUUAAGGCAAUGCGGUAAUUGCGUAAUUUUGACAGCAUUAACAUUGCAGAUUAGGAAGAGCAAGUAGCAAGCUUGAAGUACGAUUGGAAGGGCUUUUUGGUUUGGGAGUCAGUAUGUACAUUUUUAUAAGAAUUUCUUUUCGGCUUAACUAAUUUCCAAUGUUUAGUUCAUUGUUGUAAGUAAUAAUUGCACAGAAAUAUAUUUUAAAUUGUCUGUCUUUAGUUUC